GGGCGAAAACCAACAGGCAGGGUGCUGCACGUAUCACUCCAAGUCGGCCAACCGCCGCAGAACCACAGUCAGGCGAGGCCCUUGUAGUAAGAGUUACGGACCCCGUUACUCACGACCAUCGUCCCUGCUGCCUUGCCAACCCCGCCAUUCCUAUUUAUGGCGUUGAAGAAGCUCAUCACGAUCCACAACUUUUCUCGCUUAAAACGUCUCCAUCAUCUCUUCUCAAUUCCCAGCUGACAUCACCCUCGCCGCUUACUACUAUCCCAACAUCAACACACGCCUCUUCAUUCACAAACACACUUCCUCACUCUCUCGCAUACCUCAACUAUGGCUUCCAGCAAGACCCUCCUCGUCGUCGGCUCGGGCCCCGGCAUCGGCCGCGCCGUGACCGCACUCUUUGCUUCCAAGCGCUACACCAACGUCGUGCUGCUCGCACGCCGCACCGAGUCUCUAGCCCAAGAGAAGGCCGCCGUCGAGGCCAGCAGCCCGGGGGUCAACGUCAAGGUCUACGCCGUCGACGUCACCGACGCGGUCGCCGUGGCCAAGGCGCUCGAUGAGGCCGACGCCGCCGUCGGCAAGCCCGAGUGCGUCUUCUUCAACGCCGCCCGCGUGCUGCCGUCGGCCUUUUUCGAGCACGACGUCAAGGAGAUCGAAUACGACUUCAAGAUCAACGUCUCAGCACUCUACGCAGUCGCGCAGCGGUACGUGCCGCACCUGGUCUCGCUGGCCAAGGCGGACGCCUCCGCGGGCAACAAGCCGGCGCUGCUGGUGACCAGCUCGGCGCUGCCGCAGCACCCGAUCCCGCAGCUGUUCGCGCUGUCGCUUGUCAAGGCCGCCCAGCGGAACCUGGUGCAGAGCCUGAACCUGACAUACGCGCCCGAGGGCGUCCACGUCGGCGUCAUCAACGUCGCCGGCCAGGUCUCCCCCGAGGACCCCGUGCGCAACCCGACCAACAUUGCGGCGGAGACUUGGAAGUGGUUUGAGCAGGGUAAGGAGUUUGAGGUGGUUAUUUGAGUUGGGAGUGUUUGGAGUGGCGGGUUGGCCGGUUUCUUUUCAAAAUAGGUCGCUUGAAUUAGCCCUAAAUUGACCCUUGUUGCGAAUAUU